AUGUAUGUCUAUGAAUUUUAAAGAAAAGCAAGAGAAUAUCUCCUAGGCUAAAAAUUAUCUUUGAAAUCAAUUAUGCAAAAAUAUAAUUAAGAAAGAUUAGAAUAAUAAAGAUCUUCCAAAUAAAUGUCAUCAAUAAUUAAUACAAAAACUGAGUCAUCAGUAAUCAUAAAUGAUUCUUUGAUAACUGCAACAAGAAAUUUAAAGAAAGAAAAAGCUUUUUUGAUAAGAAAAUCACCAGAUAAUUAUAAAAAUUAGAUAGAGUAAAAGAAAUUUAAAUCAAUCUAUGCAAAAUAAAUAACACCUUUAAGAUAAAUGACUAUAGCUGAAUAUAUUUAUCCAGAACCUAUUAGAUAUGUACGGCAUAAAUAAAUUACAUAAUCUUCUGCCUUCAAAAAUUUUGUUGCAUAAAAGUAAAUAAAAACUGAGGAAUCAGCCCAUCAGUAAUGUAUAACAAGUAGAAUUAAUAAACCUUUAUAAAGAUUUGUUAGUGAAACUAGUAAGCAGCGUCAACCUAAAACAAAUUAAAAUUUAUAAAUGGAAUAACUUCGAAAAUUCAGUGGAUGGAGUAUUAAUAGCAAUGAAAGCAAAUAUUGA